GCCUUUGUGCAAGGAAAGAGCCAGCAUUUAGAUUUUCCGAAAUUUUAAUUAAUUUAGGGGAAAUGGUCCGAAACAGUAAUUUAGCAUUCGGUCCCCAAGGUCCGAAGGUCUCGACACCAAAAGGCGCAAAUAUGUAGUCAUUAGAAAGUGACUCAUAUUUGCGCCGUUUGGCUAACUCAGCCGACUCUGCUGCAGCCCCAGCUUUAGCAACUGAUUCCCUGAGGUGGGAAGGGGCUAAAGUAUCGACACAUGUAGCGUCCCAAACUAAAGCCCGUCCCCGUUCCCAGGGAACCAGAGUGAGACCAUCAGGUCUCUUGCCAUCAUCACGGACCAAUCCACGUGGUUCUAACGUGGAAGGAACGUUGAUGCUGGCAAGGGCUCUCCUGAUGGCGUCGUUGAGAGCAGCGUGUCGGGCGAGACGACCAGCACUUUGCUGGCAACAUAGACCGUGGUGACCGAAUUGGUCCACCUCUUUGCCACAGGGACACGUGUGGGGUUUUGAACAACACAGAUUGGUGCUCCGAGGCGUAAGCCCACACACACCCGGAAAGAAAGAAACGGGGUUGUAUAUUUAUUUUUUAAAAUACCACUGAAUCACAAAAAUAGGGUCGUGGUAUUUUUCGAGUAAAAUUUUUAGCUCGUUCGAUUGUUUUUUGUUCAGAGUAUGACAACAUUAUAUAUUUUUUAGAUUGGCAACAUCGUAUUCUGAUUUGACAUUUAGUAAUGUUGUGAAAGAAAAUGGUGUUUUUCACUUUCACCUUUGUUGCAUAGUGCAAUAAGGCUCAAACUACUGUGAUAGUAGUUUGAACACAGUAUAUAAUUAAGUUGUCAAUUUGGCGUUUUUGGCAUUUGUGUUGUGUUCAGUGAUUAUUUUGUGGUGGCACAGGUUAAUGUGACGAAUUAUUGAUAAUUUUAUUUUAAUUUAGCUUCAAAAUGCCUUAUUGGUAUUAUGAUAAAAAAGAUUUGCAAAAUACGCCGUCUUUUCGCGAUGGGAUCAGUAACGAAACGGAAAAUAGGUAUCGGAAAGAAGGUGCGCGGUUUAUCAUCGACACUGGCUCGAAAAUGGACUUAGGUUAUAAUACAGUGGCGACUGGUGUUGUUUAUUUUCAUCGUUUUUACAUGUUCCACUCGUUCAGAACUUUUCCGAGGUACAUAACCGCGUGUUGUUGUUUAUUCCUGGCGGGUAAAGUGGAAGAGACGCCGAAGAAGUGUAAAGAUAUAAUAAAAGUGGCCAAAUCUUUGCUCACGGAAGAGAAGUUCGGGUCUUUCGGCGAGGACCCGAAGGAGGAGGUGAUGACGCUGGAGCGCAUCCUGCUGCAGACGAUCAAGUUCGACCUGCAGGUGGAGCACCCGUACGGCUACCUUCUGAAGUACGCCAAGUGCCUGAAGGGCGACAAGGCCAAGCUACAGAAGAUGGUGCAGAUGGCCUGGACCUUUGUCAAUGACAGUUUAUGUACCACAUUAUGCCUGCAAUGGGAACCAGAAGUCAUUGCUGUGGCGCUUAUGUUCCUCGCAGGAAAGCUCAGCAAGUUUGAAGUGGUGGACUGGAAUGGACGGACACCCAAGCAUAACGCGUGGUGGGACAUGUUCGUUGAAGAUAUUACUAUGGAACUUUUAGAAGAUAUUUGCCACCAGGUGCUAGACUUGUACUCCCUGCAAGCGCAUCCCGCGGGCGCGGAGUCCCCGCCGGCGCCGGCGCCGCAGGCGCCAAAAAACGACAAGAAACCGCCCUGCGGUACUCCGCCAGCUUCCGCAUCUCCUGUCGCCGUUGCUAAGCCGCCGGUCACGCCCAUCAAGAAUGGGGAACCCAAGCCGGAGCCGAAGCCGGAGCCGCGCUACGCGUUCCCGGCGUUCCCCGCGCCGCCGCCGCCGCCCGCCGCCUUCGCCGGGCCGCCGCCGGGUGAGCCAUGGCACGUGCCACCGCCCCGGCUGCCGCCGCCGCCGCGCCUGCCGCCGCUGGUGUACGGCGAGCCGGCGGGCGCGCGCUUCGGGCCUCGCGCGGUGCCGCCGCCGCCGGNCGUGCCGCCGCCCGGCUACUUCCCGGCGCGCGGGCCCCCGCCCCCCGGCCCGCCGCCCGGGCCCCCGCUGCGCCCCUACUACCCGCCGCCGUGA